CAAUGCACGGAGCAAGCCCCUCUGUCUGUAGUAACCUGACAGAUAUGUGCACCGAGAGAUGAUAUGGCAGAAUUUCGGGCAAAUGUUACAACGAGGCAAUAGGCCAGUCAGGAAAUUGGAGUAAAGCUGACACAUAAGGCUUUGCUACCCAGCAGCUUUGCCAGCUUGUGUGUGUGUGUGAAAGAGAGAGAGUGUGUGAGUGUGUGUGAGUGUGUGUGUGCUCCAAGUGCCUAUGGCGGAGUUUGGGAAGGACGGAAGCCUUCCUCCAUUGAAUCUUGAGGAUACGGCCGUGCCCAGCGACGAGGCAGCUGGCAAGACGCAUUGCGAAGUGUCGGUCUUGAAUGGAGACUGUGGGAUAUCAGAAAAUAUGGUCGGCUCAGGAUCCGUCGUCGCACCUGGCAGCCAAGCCGGGGUGGAAACCGCCAACACCUCUGUCGGAGUGGAUGGCAAAAAUGAAAUACCACGCAGGAGCAGCAUUAUCAAGGAUGGCUCAAGACAGCGUAAAGAAAGAAAGAAGACUGUAUCAUUCAGCAGCAUGCCCACUGAGAAGAAAAUCAGCAGUGCGAGUGACUGCAUCAGUGCCAUGGUGGACGGCACUGAGCUGAAGAAAGUGAGGUCCAAUUCGCGCAUUUACCACCGCUACUUUCUGCUCGAUGCCGACAUGCAGUCUUUGAGAUGGGAACCCUCAAAGAAGGAAUCAGAAAAGGCCAAAAUUGAUGUAAAAUCCAUCAAAGAGGUUCGGACAGGGAAAAACACAGACACUUUUAGAACAAAUGGAACCUAUGAUCAGAUAUCAGAGGACUGUGCUUUCUCAGUCAUCUUUGGGGAGAACUAUGAGUCCCUGGACUUGGUGGCAAACACUGCAGAUGUAGCCAACAUAUGGGUAACAGGGCUGAGGUACCUGAUCUCCUAUGGGAAACACACGUUAAAUAUGAUAGAGAGCAGUCAGAAUGACAUGCGCUCAUCGUGGCUAGGUGAACUUUUUGAUGAGGCAGACAGUAACAACAGCAAACAAAUAACAAUUUGUGCUGCCGUGCAGCUAGUCAAGAAGCUGAACCCAGGACUUAAAAAUGUGAAAAUAGAACUCAAGUUCAAGGAGCUUCACAAAGCUAAGGACAAAGCAGGUUCUGAUGUGACAAAAGACGAGUUCAUCGAGGUCUUUCAUGAUCUUUGCACCAGACCAGAAAUUUAUUUUCUCUUUGUUCAAUUCUCCAGCAACAAAGAAUUUCUGGAUACCAAGGACUUAAUGAUAUUUCUGGAGGCGGAGCAGGGUAUGGCACAAGUAAGUGAAGACACCAGCUUAGAGGUCAUUCAGAAAUAUGAACCGUCUAAAGAGGGCCAACUCAAGGGCUGGCUUUCUCUCGAUGGCUUCACCAACUAUCUUAUGUCACCAGAAUGCCACAUAUUUGACCCAGAACACAAAAGAGUAUGCCAAGACAUGAAUCAGCCCUUGUCCCACUAUUACAUCAAUGCAUCCCACAAUACAUACCUGAUAGAGGAUCAGUUCAGAGGUCCCUCAGAUGUGACAGGGUAUAUCCGUGCUCUCAAGAUGGGCUGCCGCAGCGUAGAGCUAGAUGUGUGGGAUGGACCUGAUAACGAACCUGUUAUUUACACUGGCCACACAAUGACGUCACAGAUAGUUUUCCGCAGCGUCAUUGAUGUCAUCAACAAGUACGCCUUUGUUGCAUCUGAGUUUCCACUGAUAGUGUGUUUAGAAAACCAUUGCUCCUUAAAGCAGCAGAGAGUCAUGUUUCAGCACCUGAAGAAGAUCCUUGGAGACAAGAUUCACCUAGAUAUUCCUAAACCUGAGGACUGCUACCUCCCCUCCCCCUCUGAGCUGAAGGGAAAGAUCCUGCUGAAGGGUAAGAAACUGAGCACGAACUGCACAGCUUCAGAAGGUGAGGUGACAGACGAGGACGAGGGGGCAGAGAUGUCUCAAAGGAUGAGUAUUGAGUCUGCGGAACAACAGACUAUCGCACCCAAGAAAUUCCAGCUGUCAAAGGACCUCUCUGACCUGGUGACCUUGUGUAAGUCUGUGGAGUUCAGAGACUUCCCAACGUCUUUCCAGAGCCAAAAGCACUGGGAGCUCUGCUCUUUCAACGAGGUCUUUGCCAGUCGCUGUGCCAGUGACUUCCCAGGCGACUUUGUUAACUAUAACAAGAAGUACCUGGCACGGGUUUACCCCAGCCCCAUGCGGAUUGACUCCAGCAAUAUGAAUCCACAAGACUUCUGGAAGUGUGGUUGCCAGAUUGUAGCAAUGAACUACCAGACUCCAGGCCUGAUGAUGGAUCUAAACAUUGGCUGGUUCCGUCAGAAUGGGAACUGUGGCUAUGUGCUGCGUCCAGCCAUCAUGAGGGAGCAGGUUUCGUAUUUUAGUGCCAACACUAAAGAUUCAGUUCCUGGUGUUUCUCCACAACUCCUACACAUCAAGAUCAUCAGUGGACAAAACUUCCCCAAACCCAAAGGCUCAGGUGCCAAAGGAGACGUAGUAGACCCCUAUGUGUAUGUGGAAAUACACGGCAUUCCUGCCGAUUGCGCCGAACAAAGGACUAAGACAGUCAACCAGAACGGGGAUAACCCUCUGUUUGAUGAGAGCUUUGAGUUUCAGAUAAAUCUCCCAGAGCUUGCAAUGGUGCGCUUUGUGGUGCUAGAUGACGACUACAUUGGGGAUGAAUUUAUUGGCCAGUAUACAAUCCCCUUUGAGUGUCUCCAACCGGGUUUCCGCCAUAUACCGCUACAGUCUCUGACAGGGGAAGUUCUGCCACACACCUUGCUGUUUGUUCACGUGGCCAUAACCAAUCGAAGAGGAGGCGGCAAGCCACACAAAAGGGGACUGUCUGUACGAAAGGGCAAGAGGAGUCGAGAGUAUGCCAGCAUGAGAGUGCUAUUGAUCAAGGCUGUGGAUGAUGUCUUCAAAACAGCCAUGCUGCCACUGAGAGAGGCGACGGACCUCAGAGAAAACAUGCAGAAUGCCAUAGUGUCCUUUAAAGAGCUGUGCGGCCUUUCAGCGGUGGCUAACCUGAAGCAGUGCAUCUUGGCCCUUUCCCCUCGACUGACCGGACCCGACAACAGCCCCAUUCUGGUUUUCAACCUCUCUGACCAGUACCCCAACUUGGAGCCCCAAAGCCUGCUGCCAGAGGUCCUAAAGAAAGUCGUCACCACCUAUGACAUGGUGAUCCAGACCAGCAAGACUCUCCUGGAGAACUCUGAGGGGGUGUAUGAGAGAAUUCUUCAAACCCAGAAAGCAGCGAUGGAAUUUCACGAGAACCUCCACGACUUGGCCAUGAAGGAGGGGUUGAAGGGCAGGAAGUUGCACAAGGCAGUGGAGAGCUUCACGUGGAACAUCACCAUACUGAAGGGCCAGGCAGACUUAUUGAAGCACGCCAGGAGUGAAGUCCAGGAGAACCUCAAGCAGAUCCACUAUGCUGUGCUCACCUGUAACCUGAGUAAAGGCGGAGCAGCGGGCAGCUCCUCCGGCUCCGAGUCCAAGAGCAGACGCAGCCUCGAGGCCAUUCCCGAGAAGGCCACUGCUGAGGAGGAGCUCACUGACGAGGACAACUAAAGACCCACAGUCCUGCUCCGGUACUCUCCUGGCGCCCACGUUCAGACCUCUACUCUGUUCCUGCCUCCUGAGCUCAAAACCCAAAGCUCCCUCUCUCUUUACUCUGGCAUCAUCGCUCUACACACACACACCAGUGUUUUUCCACAUUCCAUCAAGUACAUUCCUGUAUCCCAAGCACAGCUGUAACCUCUUAGAGACUUCUGCCUUGUAAUCAUCAAUAAAAUGCCACCACUACGCGAAGACACAAAUCCUACCCAAGUUCAGAUCACAGAAGGUCUCAGCUGAAGUUUUUGGAAAAUGACUGUCAUUAUUUCUAAGUCUUUAAAUGUCCAGGCGUUGUACUGAAGGCUGGAAAAGUGUGCAAGUGUCUUUGUAAACAUUUGCUGCACAUCUGAUGCUGCCGAACCGUGACGGGUACCAGUUAUAUAAAUGCUGAAUCCGAGCAUCCAGCAAAAACAACCUUUGUGCUUAAAAGGAGAAGAUAAUACAAAAGCAGAAGUUUUCUGCCAAACAUAAAUCACCCUGAUAAUGUUUCCACUCAUAAAACUCAAAUCUCCUCAUCUGCACUACCAGAGGUUCAUUGUCCUCCAUUCUUCUGUCUGACCCUGUUUCUCACUUCCUGGGUGAGCUGGGAAGGCCUAGUGAACUACCAGCCACGUGACUCAUGAAGACAUUACUACUGUUCAGAAACGGUGCACUUCUACUCAGCGGAUAGGGGUGCUACCUGACGAGACAAAAGAGAAAAACAGCCCUUGGAUUGUUGUACGAGAUUUCUUAAAGCACAAUUUUCUGGAGCUAUGAAUGUAACAGGACAGAGGAAGCGAGCGGGACGAGAAGAAAAUGGAAGAAGUGAACGAAGAAGAAAACGUAACGAGAGUAAAGAGUUGUUUACAAUACUGAACUUGUCCAUGUUCUUGUCUGCCAAAAUAGUAUAAUAUACUAUGUAUAUAUGGAAUUUCCUGUUACCUUUUUUCUGCAGAGUGCAUCAUUUUAUUAUUGUAUACUUGGAAAUAUGAGAUUUAUUUUAUAAAAGAUAUAUGAACAUGUCA